AUGUCUGUGGUGGUCUCCCCACAUGUGACUACCUUAAACCACACUAGUGUUAGCCACAUUGUGUUCCGCUUGCUGGGCAUCCCUGGCCUUGAGGACCAGCACAUGUGGAUUUCCAUCCCCUUCUUCAUUUCUUAUGUCAUUGCCCUGCUUGGGAAUAGCCUGCUCAUCAUUGUUAUCCUCACAAAGAGCAGCCUCCAUGAACCCAUGUACCUGUUCCUCAGCAUGCUGGCCGGAGCAGACAUUGUCCUCUCCACGUGCACAGUGCCUCAGGCCUUGGCCAUCUUCUGGUUCCAUGCUCAGGGGAUCUCCCUGGAUCGCUGCAUUGCUCAAGUAUUCUUCAUCGAUUCCACCUUUGUCUUUGAGUCAGGGAUCUUGCUGGCGAUGGCAUUUGACCGCCACAUUGCCAUAUGCUACCCACUGAGAUACACCACCAUUCUUACACAUACAUUAAUUGGGAGAAUUGGUCUAACUGUCUUUCUGAGAAGUUACUGUACAUUGUUCCCCAUAGUAUUUCUUCUGAAAAGGCUGACUUUUUGCAAAAGUAACAUUCUUCCACACACUGCUUGUGAGCACAUUGGGUUGGCCAAAUUUUCCUGUGAUGACAUACGAAUAAACAUCUUGUAUGGACUUUUUGUUCUAAUUACCAGGCAGUUUUGA